GUCGCAGAUGGCAUUAUAGCGGAAAUGGGCGUAGUGCGCAUGCGUUGACUGUUUCCUUCACCUUUGAAGCGAGUCGACCUCCGCUUCUGGUGACCUUCACGUAACGUUCCAUGUCUGUGUUGUGUUCUCCAGCAGCCUGACCAGUGAGACGGAUUUAUCAAAAUAAUAAACACGAUGAACCGGAGGAGAAGUAGUCUUUUCAAGUCUGUGAAAGAUUUUGAGAAUGAUGAUGACUCAGUUCGAGAUGGUGGGUCUUCCGCUGCAGCUAAAAAUUUAUGGUUCUUCGAAUGUGCUUGGGAAGUUGCAAAUAAAGUUGGUGGAAUUUAUACAGUAAUCAAGUCAAAAACUCCUGUAACUGUUGAAGAACUUGGAGAACAGUAUUGUUUGUUGGGCCCUUAUAAUGAAGAAUGUGUCCGCACUGAGGUUGAAAUUUUGGAACCUCAAUACUAUGUUUACAGAGAUGUCAUCAAAUCAAUGGAAGAUCAAGGAAUCCGGGUAUAUUUUGGAAGAUGGCUAAUAGAAGGUUAUCCAAAAGUAGUCUUAUUUGAUAUUAGCUCUGCUGCCUGGAAAUUGGAUGCUUUCAAACAAGAACUUUGGAAGUUAGCUGGCAUUGGAAUCCCUUGGCAUGAUCGUGAAGCUAACGAUGCUGUUAUAUUUGGUGCCCUUGUUGCAUGGUUUAUUGCUGAAUUUUGCAAAAACUUACCCCAUGUACCAUGCAAACCAAUGGUUAUUGCUCACUUUCAUGAGUGGUUAGCUGGUGUUGGUCUCAUAUUUUGCCGCACACGUUUAGUUGAUUGUACAACUAUUUUCACAACACAUGCAACUUUGUUGGGACGCUACCUUUGUGCUGCUAAAGCUGAUUUUUAUAACAAUUUACAAACUUUCAAAGUCGACAAGGAAGCUGGUGAUCGUCAAAUUUAUCAUCGCUAUUGUAUGGAAAGAUCUGCUGUACACUGCGCACAUGUGUUUACCACUGUCUCGGAGAUUACUGGUUUAGAGAGUGAGCACUUACUGAAAAGAAAACCAGAUGUUAUAACACCAAAUGGAUUAAAUGUCAAAAAAUUCAGUGCCAUCCAUGAAUUUCAGAACCUCCAUGCCCGAUUUAAAGAUAAAAUCCAUGAUUUUAUCCGUGGACACUUUUAUGGGCAUUAUGACUUUGAUCUUGACAAAACUUUGUACAUGUUCAUUGCUGGUCGUUACGAAUUCUCGAAUAAAGGUGCGGACAUGUUUAUUGAGGCUUUGGCACGCCUGAACUAUUACCUCAAGCAACGGAAUAGUGACAUGACUGUCAUAGCUUUUUUGAUUUUUCCAACUCGUACAAAUAAUUACAAUGUGGAAUCGCUACGAGGACAAGCAAUAGCGAAACAGUUACAAGAUACGUCUUCGUACGUCAUUCACCAGGUUGGGCGCAGGCUGCUGGAGACAUGCAUGCGUGGAAAUAUUCCUAAAGGAAGUGAUAUUUUACUUGAAGAAGAUAUUGUCAAAUUAAAAAGGUGUAUCUACAGUGCACAGCGAAGAGAAUUACCGCCAGUAUGCACUCAUAAUGUAAUUGAUGAUGCUAAAGACCAAGUACUCAAUGCCAUUCGUCGCUGCAAAUUAUUCAACGAUCGUGAAGACAGGGUGAAGGUAAUAUUUCAUCCUGAAUUUUUGAAUUCUACAAAUCCGCUUUUUGGUUUGGACUAUGAAGACUUUGUCCGAGGCUGUCAUCUUGGUGUCUUUCCAUCUUAUUAUGAACCCUGGGGUUACACACCUGCUGAAUGUACUGUCAUGGGUAUCCCUAGUGUAACAACAAAUCUUUCUGGGUUUGGUUGCUUCAUGCAAGAACAUAUUGUUGAUCCUAAAUCCUAUGGCAUAUAUAUCUUUAAAUCUUAUUUCAGUUCAAUUUCUUAGAAUUAAACAUUUUUUAAUAUUUCAGCUGAAUGUACUGUCAUGGGUAUCCCUAGUGUAACAACAAAUCUUUCUGGGUUUGGUUGCUUCAUGCAAGAACAUAUUGUUGAUCCUAAAUCCUAUGGCAUAUAUAUCACAGAUCGGCGUUUCAGAAAUCCAGAAGAAUCGGUGCAACAAUUGACACAAACUUUAUUCGACUUUACUUGUUUAUCGCGUCGUCAAAGAAUUAUUCAGAGAAACCGUACUGAACGCCUUAGUGAAUUGCUUGACUGGAAGAAUCUUGGAGUUUAUUAUGUGAAAGCUCGUCGAAUAGCACUUCAUAAAACCCAUCCAGAAAUAUUUAAUGAAGACAGUUUAACCGGUAAGAAGAUCUUAUUUCCACGUCCUCCAUCUGAGCCCCCAUCACCAGCCUCUUCUCGAGCCACAACACCAGUGCCAAGUGAUGGGGAAGAAAAUGAUGAUGGACAUGAUGAAGAGCAGGAAGAAUUAGAGGCCAGAGUGCUUGGUUUAACAGUUAGCUCAGAUGAUGGGCAAAAUGGGCUGAGUCCAUCCGAACCAGAUAUUUCUUAACUAUAUCUUUUUCCAAAAGACUAAGAAAUGUCUGAUACUAUUAGAAUUUAAUUAGGACUUAAGAAAUUUUAUCAUGUUUCAAAUUAUAUUUAAGAUAUGUUAGUGAUUUUAGUGAUGUGAAAAUAUUUUAUUCUCCUAUGUUAUGGCACUUUUACUACUGUUUUUAUUGUAUGCAAUUUCUCCUCUAACCCUCGAUUAACAAAAGCAACAGUUAUUUUUUUUAUUGUAUCAACCAAUUUCUAGUUACAGUGAAAAGAAAGAGAAAUUAUUAUAGUUCAAAAAUGAUUAUAUCUCGCUGGAGAUGGUUGCUUAAACUGUUUGCUUCUGUUCAAAACAAUUUUUUUUUUGACGAUUUUUUGAUGAUUUUUAGAAAUUUCAUUGAUGUUUUUUUUCUCCUCCUUGUGGAAUCGUUAAAUCCAACGUUGACCAUUUUGUUGGUAUUGGCUGUGUGAUCCUAGAACAUGUUCUCUGAUUUUUAGAUUCUUUUCUUGCUAUAAUAACAGAAUUAUCUGGAACAUGACUAAAUUAUCAAAACCAUGUGAAAAAGAUUUUUGAAAUAUAAUUUCCUGAUUGUUAAUAUUAUUUAUUAUACCGAAAAUAAAUUUUUAUCCAUGAACAGUUAACCAGUCCUCAGGUAUGUUGGGCAGUUUAUAGUCCUAUUAUUGCUUGUAGACCAAUCAACUAGUCGAUGGACUUUUGUUUUUUUUCCACUUGAAAUGUUUCUCAAUAUAUGAUUUUUCUCUGUAAGGCAGUGAACUAGCAGAAUCGUUUGCAAACUGGACAAAAUGCUUGGCAGCAUUUUUGUAAGCAUUUUGUCUAUUUUUACAUUCUCAGUUCAAAUUCCAUCAAGGCCAACUUUGCCUUUCAUCCUUGAUAAAAUAAGUACCAGUUGAGCACUGGGGUCGAUGUAAUCGGCUUAUCUCUUCUGUUUCUGGCCGUGUGCCAAAAUUCGAAACCAGUGUAUGAUUUAUCUCUAUGUAUUGAAUCAUGAAAAAAAAAAACGUUUUUAGUGUUGCUGAUUAGACAGAAAAAUGUUUACUUUACUUGUUAACCUUCUGGUAAAAGAAAAAAGACAACUAUUUGCUCUUGUUAAUUACUGGACAAACUGAACAGAUAUUAAUCUGUCAACUUGAACACUAAAUAGAUCUUCUGUAGUCAACAACAGUUU